GUGGCCGCCAUUUUGUGACCCGCUGUCGCUGUGGCCGCCUCCUCCUCCUCCCCCGACGUUGCUCCGAAAGAGGGAGCUGAGAAGGCGGCUGCAGCAGCCGAGGAAGCCGUUCCUGGAGCCGAUGCUGGAUGUUUUGGGCAAGAUCAUAACAUAAGGAUAAUAACCUCAGAUGUGGUACAAGCAUCAGAUGUGUCCCGUUGCACCUGGAUGUCAAGCUUACCAAAUACCUGAUAUCAGAAAAACAUUCUCAUAAUGCCAGAGUACAUUAUCUACUGUGGUUUUAAACCAAAACCAGCUUUCAACAAAAAUGAGAGAUAUCAACAUGUGACGAAAAUUGCGGAUGUGGUUUCCAAAUAACAGAAGUGUGAAGCAAACCUCAUGAAUUUCAGCCACAGAGAUUCAGAGUGCAUCAGUGAUAUUUGCUCUAAUGAAGACCCCCCUGAAGUAGAGCUGGUGAGCAUGCUAGAAGAACAGCUGCCUCAAUACAAAUUACAUGUCGACUCACUAUAUCUCUCUGAUAAUGAUGGAUGGAUUCAGUCUUCUGGCUGCCAUAGCCAUGUACCUGAAAUUGCUUCUCCAGUCCUUGCUGAGGAGACCUUCCGUUACAUGACUCUUGUUGAACUUCCCCCUUCUUGCUUGGCUGGAUCUCACAAACAUGCACAAGUUCUUGGGACGGACAGACGAGAGCAAGUGACAAAUAACUGCAAUGAGACUGAAGUAGUCACACAUCUGCUGGCAGAGAGAGAUCGGGACCUAGAAUUAGCAGCACGAAUUGGACAAGCCCUGUUGAAGCGGAACCAUAUCCUAACUGAACAAAAUGAAGCUCUGGAAGAACAAUUGGCCCAAGCCUUUGACAAGGUUCACCAGCUACAACAUGAGCUAACGAAAAAAGAUGAACUACUUCGUGUAGUGUCUAUUGCUUCUGAAGAAAGUGAGACUGAUUCUAGUUGUUCCACACCCCUUCGCUUCAAUGAGUCCUUCAACCUGUCACAGGGCCUUGUACAACUGGAUAUAUUGCAGGAUAAACUCAGGGAACUGGAGGAAGAGAACGUAUCUCUUCGAACAAAGGCCUGCCAUUUGAAGACAGAAACCAUGACCUAUGAAGAAAAAGAGCAGCAGCUGGUCAGUGACUGUGUCAAAGAGAUCAGGGAAACAAAUGCACAAAUUGCAAGCAUGAGUGAGGAGCUGACAAGAAAAAAUGAAGAGCUACUUCACUACCAGGAAGAGAUCUCAUCCCUCUUAUCACAGAUUGUUGAUCUUCAGCAUAAAAUCAAAGAGCAUGUAAUUGAAAAGGAAGAGUUGAAAUUGCAUUUGCAAGCUUCCAAAGAUGCCCAGAGGCAGCUGACAGCAGAGCUCCAUGACUUACAAGAGCGAAAUGCAGAAUGCCUGGGGAUGUUGCAUGAGUCACAAGAAGAAGCAAAGGGACUGCGCAGCAAAGCCAGCCAAGCUGCGCUUCUCUUCCGCCCUCAGUCAUCUGGAACAUUUCCUGUGGAAUCUUUGGCAGCUGAGAUUGAGGGGACCAUGAGGAAAGAAUUAAGUUUGGAUGAAGACUCUUUUUCUAAGCAAAAGGUUCAGCAGAAGCGUGUAUUUGAUACUGUCAGAGUUGCUAAUGUCAUACGUGGCCGUUCUGCUUUGUGUCCUGCCCCACUACCCAUUCCAGGGUCAAAUCGCUCAAGUGUUGUCAUGACAGCAAAGCCUUUUCAAUCUGACAUGCAACAUCUGGAAGGAAAGGUGCAUCAGGCUCAGGGGACCAGCAGGGAACCUCAAAAGUCAGGCCAUCAUGGUGUUCCUGGGGAAAAUGAUUUAGCCACAGCUCUGCAUAGGCUUACUCUCCGCCGUCAGAACUACUUGAGUGAAAAGCAGUUCUUUGAAGAAGAAUGGGAGCGCAGGAUACGUUUUCUGGCUGAUGAGAAGGAAGAACCAAGUGGCUGUAGCACACCAGUGGAGAGCUGCAUUUCACUGGGAAGCUGUUCAGAACUUACAGAUUUCUCUGGAAACUCCAGCAGUUUACGUAGCCUCCUCCCAGAGAAACUGCAAAUUGUCAAACCGAUUGAAGGUUCUCAGACCCUGUUCCACUGGCAGCAGCUGGCUCAGCCUAACCUAGGUACCAUCCUUGACCCACGGCCUGGUGUUGUCACAAAAGGUUUCACACUAUCUCAAGAUGAUGUCUAUCACCUUUCGGAUUUGGAAGAAGAUGAAGAAAGGGAUGAAGGCAUAACCUUCCAAGUGCAACAGUCUCCUCAAGAUGAAGGGAAGCCCACAGUGCCAAAAUCAGUGGCAGGAAUCUUCCUACCACCUACUAAAUUAGCAACACUUCCCCUCACAGCUUCUAAUCCAGGAAAAUGUCUCUCAUCAACAAACUCUACUUUUACUUUCACCACUUGUAGAAUCCUCCACCCAUCUGAUAUCACACAGGUUACACCCAGCACUUCAUAUGCUCCCUUAUCCUCUGGAAGUUGUAGCAGUACAAGCAAUACGGUUACAAGCUCCCCUUCCAUGUCAUGCAGGUUUAGUAUUGGAGAAUUCCUCACUAACAGAAGAGACUCUACUACUACCUUCAGCAGCACUAAAGGCUUAGCUAAACUUCUGCAAGAGCAGGGCAUCUCAGCAAAGGUCUACAAUAGUCCCAUCUUAGAGAAGGUACCAUUGUUCCAGCCCCCCAAGAUACUUGCUGUUCCCUCAACGCCACCAAAUUCUCCUUUGCAUUCACCUUGUCCUUCCCCUUUGCCCUUUGAAUCUCGAGCAAAUGCAUCUGAAAAUUUUUUGGCUUCUCGGCCAGCUGAAACAUUACUACCAGAGAUGUAUGGACUGAAAGCUACUAGUUGUGAUGCAGGUCAACAGAAGAUGAACCUGGUGGAGAGGCUAAAGAAAUUGGGGAUUGCCAGAGUUGUCAAACAUCCUGAGGCAGGGGACAAUAGGAAAAGUCAGGGAGCAAAGAGUGCCCUCCAGAGGCAGGACUCAGCUGUGUAUGUAAAUGCAGGCAGCAAUCUGAUGGGAGGCCUGAGAAGAAACCACAGCCUUCCAGUCUUGAUCAGACCACUUGGAGGGCCUGUGAGCACAUCAUCCUCAAAGAUGGGAGUUCUCAAAGAGGAUUGAGCACAACUGACAUUAGCUGGCAAGAUAAGGCAAAAUACAUAGGCUGAGUAUGUGGUUAUGGUCCAAAGGACGUUUAAAAAGAGGGCUGCUGAAGGAAGUUCAAGUGGAGGUGGGAUGUGGACGAGACUUUGCAUGAGAUGAGAGAAAGUAGAUGUAAAUGUUAAAAGAGCAAAGGAAAGAGAAAACCAAAGUUCAACUUUGAGAUCACUGACAUCUCUAGCCUUCUACCAAUAGAAGCAACAUAAAUACAGUGUAUUUUCUACCUUUGGUAUUAGAUGUAUGGAACAGUAAAUAUCAAUGUAAAUUCUGUUUCGAGUAUGUUUGUUCAGGUUUUCCUUGAAGGAUCCUACCAUUUAAAUGUAAUUCUAGGAGUGGAGUAAAUUCCUUGUUAGGUUCUGGGACAGAACAACAGCUGCAACUAUUUUUAAUGUAUACAUUUAAAAUAAUGAUAUUGAUAAAAUAAUGAUUCUGAAAAAAAUAGAGUUGCAAACGCAGUGGGGAAAAAUACUUGAGUAUACUCAUAUUAAUAAGUGGAGAAAUAUAUGGCUAUCUGUUGAAACACAGAAAAACCCUCAGGCAAAUAUUUAAAAGGGACUAAAUCUAUGAGCUUUAUGUGGCUUUAUAUUUAUUGGACAUAAAUGGGAAGCAUAUACUUGGCAGAGAAAAGUGUCAGCUAUAGUCUCUUUGUCUGGCAGUCUGAGAUACGUCCAGCACAUUGUUGCUGGAAUAAUCUUGAAGCAGUACUAUAGAGUUCCAACACAAUCUUGGUUGAAGUGACUGUAGAUUGGAGCCACAGCAUCCAGGAGGAUAUGUCCUAGAGAAGAAAUUACACAGUAUUCAGUUGUCAUCUGAGCCUUGGAAGGCUCCCAUUGCACAAGUUUCAUAGAGUGGUCAAGGAAUCUAUCGCACAAAAGAGUAUGCACUGCUCCCAGUGUUAAGGAAGAACAAGCACUGUUUAAAAAUAAACUUUUCCUCCCUUAUACAUGAAAUUCUGAACUUCAGCCUUUGUGAAUGAAUCCAUUCUGAGAUGGAAAAUUCUUUUUUUGGCACAGUGAGAAGGUAAAAACAGUCUCUCUCAGGAUAGCUUUGGAUAUGAGAUACAAAUAGGAAGGAGAGAGGAAGCACAAGUUACUUUUUCUUUCAGAUUUUCCAUGUGAUGAAGAGGGAACUUUUGAUGAGUGAAUUUUAACGCACAUCUGAAAAUGACUUACCUCACCUUUGUGUGAAAAUACUUGUAAAUCAUGGCAUGCUUGCAGCAAGCUGUGUGAUAAAACUGAUUUGUGCUUAUGGUGUAAUGAUGCCCAUAACCACUUUUCUGUGGAUUGCAUUACCAGUCCAUGCAAGAAAACAAAUCAACAUGGUUUAAAGAUUAAGCACAAAUAGUGGCUGUGUGACUUAAUAUUUAGGCAAGAUAGGUCUCCAUAAGAUAGCCAAUCUGUGCAUGAUUUCCUAUUAUUGUACAAUAGGGCGGGAAUCAUGCAGCCCUCCAAAUGUUGGAUAGCAACUCCCAGCACUCUUAGCCAGUAUAAUUAAUGGUGAGAAAUGUUGGACAUUGCAAUCCAACAUUAGCUGGAGAGGUACAUGAUGCCCAUCCCUGCUGUAGGAUAUAUCCCAAACAUCUAAGCAAAUUAGAUAUAACAUACAUAAUAAUUUUGUAUAUAUGUUGCUUGCAAACUAGGCAUUCUAAGUGAGGAUUUUUGGUUUCUAUAAAGUAAAAGUACUCUAAAAGUAGCAAACAACUACACCAAUAUUUUUGUCAACAGCUGUGUCUCGGAGUCAUCCUUGAGCCUCCAGUAACUCCAUUUGUUGUGGAAACUCACCAAAAUCCUAAGAAGGAAAAUGGGGAAGGAGAAGGGAUCUGGCAUUUCUUUUGAAACUCACCAAAAUGUUUCAGCAUGAGUUUUCAUAGACUCAGUCCACUUCGUCAGAUAUUUUAAUUGUUUGUAGCCACGUGACGCCUAGGGCCUAAAUACUCUAAAGGCACCAGAUCCCAAGCAGGGUCAGCCCUGGUUCUUGAGUUAGGAGACCACCUGGGGAAUACCAGGUACUAUAGACUAUAUUUCAGAGAAAGAAACUGGCAAAACCACCUUUGAGGAUUCCUUGUCUAAGAAAAUCCUAUGGAAUUAGUGGAAUUGCCAUAAGUCAACAGGCAACAUGAAGAUACAUACUGUGCUUGCAAACUUUGUCUUUUGUGCUCUUAACAACUGUAAUCUAGGUGAGGGUUUUUUAUGUUUUCUGUAGAGCACAAACUUUACAAAUGGCAAACUGAUGCGUCUGAUGAAGUGGACUGGAAUCCACAAAAGCUUAUUCUGAAAUAAAUCAGUUUUAAAAGGUACUGCUAGAUUCCUUCCUCCCCCCACACCACCACCUUCCACCGCUGAUAUAGGCUACCCCAGCAAGCGCCUUGAAAAGUAAGCAAAAUCCUGUAAAUGAUAAAAAAUAUAUUGAAUAUAAAUUUAUAUUUAAGAGUUAAUUCUAUUUUAAUUUAUAAGUAUAUUCUAAAUUAAACAUUUUGAGUACAUUUCCUUAAUAUCGUAAAAAUAAAAAGCUCAUGUUUCUUGACAAUGUUAAGAGAGAAUUUUAUUUAAUAUGCUCUCUAUUAAGCUUGGAUUCUGACAUAUUUUACAGCAGCAAGGAAGCAUCAGGGAAUUAAACCACAGCUUUUGCUCAAAUUACUCAGUAAUACCCAAAGGGAAACAAUAUAUGUCUUUCUUAUGCAAGCUAUUAAUUCCUACUGCAUUAAUAUUUUUUAAAAAAUCAAGAAUGAAUGUGGAUUUCUUGAGACUCCAUCUUUACUUCAUUAUUUUUACUUGUUAUCGGUGGAAGAAGCUGUCUUGGUAAACGAGACUUCUUUCUUUUAUUCAUGUAAAAAAUAAUUUUGUUAAGUAUUUUCAGUAAAUGAAUGUUACCUGCUUGAGGAGUUCUUUAUUCACCUCUUCUAACAGGGACAUCUGAAAGGAUCGAGGAGUCUCAGCCUCAAAAAGGAAAGGAAAUAAAAGGCAGGCAGGCAACCUAGUUCAGCUUGGCUUAUCCACUGACCCUUGAGGAACCAUUCUUUGUUUAAUGUACAGUUCAGAGCAACAAAAAUCUGUUUGCAUCCACAGGUGUUCUAAGUGCAUUUUGUACAGUGUGCCUGAAGUACCUUUUCUCAAGAAAACUACCAUAGUUGAUAACUAGAAUACCAGUACCUUUGUGCCAAAACCAUUUUUAGAUAGGAACCUUCAAGCACAGGAGACCAGCAAAUCAGUUUUAAGAGAUCUUGAUGAAUAUAGAUACAAGAAAUGCAAGUGACAUUCCAGUUUGGUGCUCUUCUAGUGCAAGGUGACUUACCUGGUGGAACCAAUUUAUCAGUAAUAACAGGAUACUAAUAUGCUAAUUAUGCAGGAAAAGAAACUGAGGUUGGCCCUUUAGUUUCUUACAUCUAUGCUUGAAAAGGGUACUGUAUUUAAGUGCCAAUUCAACACAAAGACAGACCUAUAUGUACACUCUUAGAUAUAAAUAUUAAUUUUUCAUUGUUUUCUGACUUCUAUUCAUGUUUGAUAAAUAUGUGUGUUUCAGUCUCUCUGUAAUUGAAUCGGAAGGCUCCUAAAGUUUAUACAGGUGAGUCAUGCGUUUGUGCAGCUGAAGAAAAAAUACAUCCUGUAAAGUGAAGGGCGAAAAAAAGAUUUGAAAUAAUUUCCCAUUUUACCAUUCGCAGCAAGGUUGCACAUUUAUUAUUAUAAUCAAUGACAUGUUUUUUUGCAUGUGGUUAUAUUUUAUAGUGGAACAUACAUCUGAUAAUAAAUACAUAAAACUGCCUUUUUACACAA